AUGGAGCGUUUCCGGAUGAUCUUGCAGUACCUGCAGUCCAACUCGGAGUCCGUGACGAACGGGUUUUCGUCGCGGCCCGGCGGCCGGCUGCCCGCCCGGCAGCCCGCCGCCGCGCUCGAGGAGUGGAGGCGGCCGCGCGGGCGCCGGGGCAAGGACCCGGCUGUUGUCAGGUACAUGUGUUCCUCCGUCCUGCAGAGAGCCAUGAUUGCGCCCAUCGUCUGGAUCAUAAUCACCCUCCUGGAUGGGAAAUGCUUUAUCUGUGCUUUCAGCGGCUCGGUGGAUCCCGAGAAGUUUGCGGGCUUUGCCAACGUCACCCCAGCACAAGUGCAGCAGCUGCUCGCCAAGGUGCCCUGCAAAGACGACGAGCUCGUGAGGAACAACACGUCCCGAAAGGCAGUGUCCAGGUACCUGCGGUGCUGGUCCCAGGCACUCGGCUGGAGCAUUUUGUUGAUCCUGAUCAUAGCAGCUUUCCUUGCCCGUUGGCUGAGACCUUGCUUGAGCCCCGCCGCCCUCCUGCAGACCCGUUACUGGAGUAACUACAUCGACAUCGAGCAGAAGAUUUUUGAGGAGACCUGCUGCGAGCACAGCCGGCACUUUGCUCACCAGUGCAUCUUCCACUUCUUUGAGAGCAUGCGGAAAGAGAUCCAGCUGCACAGCUUCAACUUGCACAGGGAGGAGAAGGAGGCUGAAGGAGAGGAAAACCUUCUCCAGGGCAUCACAGACCAGGACCAGGUGAACAGGCUUCUGCAGACGUGGUGCUAUGAGAAACCACCCUUGGACGUGAGCCAGGUGACCCAGCGACAUCCUCUGGGGAGGGAGAGAUCACCGGCACGCUGGACACACAGCCCCAGCAAGCAGCCCCUAAACCCCCAACACAGUGAGGUGUAG